GCUAGAGAAGCAGGGAGGAGGGGGAGCCCCGAGCGGUGACGCUCUAGCACCGGAGCGCCGUCUCUAUGCUCCCCCGCGUCUAGUCUAUUUAUUGUCGCGGGGAAGCGGCGGCCGCCCCGGACCCGGAACAACAAAGCGCGAAAGAGGGAGCCCGUGCCUCGGGGGCUCCUAGCAACGGGCCGGGGCGGGAGUUCCAUGGAGACUGGAGAGCGCGCCCGCAUCAUCAUCCUCCUCGUCCUCCAGGUUAUCCUUCGCGUCCGCCGCCACCGGCAUCAGCGCUGCCGCCGCGUCCUUUGCCGCCGCCCCCUCUUCCCACGAACAAGAUGCCAUUUGAACUUAAGGAAGAUUGCUUUGGAGGGAGCAAAUGUAAUUUAUAAGCGUGAUGUUGGAAAAGUAUUAAUGAAACUUAGAAAACCUAGAAUUACAGCUACAAUUUGGUCCUCAGGGAAAAUUAUUUGCACUGGAGCAACAAGUGAAGAAGAGGCUAAAUUUGGUGCCAGACGUCUAGCCCGCAGUCUGCAGAAACUAGGUUUUCAGGUAAUAUUUACAGAUUUUAAGGUUGUUAAUGUUUUAGCAGUGUGUAACAUGCCAUUUGAAAUCCGUUUGCCAGAAUUCACAAAGAACAAUAGACCUCAUGCCAGUUAUGAACCUGAACUUCAUCCUGCUGUGUGCUAUCGGAUAAAAUCUCUACGAGCUACAUUACAGAUUUUUUCAACAGGAAGUAUCACAGUAACAGGGCCCAAUGUAAAGGCUGUCGCUACUGCCGUGGAACAGAUUUACCCAUUCGUGUUUGAAAGCAGGAAAGAGAUUUUAUAAUUCAUCACUUAAUUGGUUAGAAUCCCUAACUGAGCACCUUUUAAAACCUGCUGCACAUUGGACUCAAAACAAAAGGAAACUGGACCAACAAUAAUUGAGAAAAUAGACUCUUUUAUUCAUUCACGGCUACAAUGUAAAAAGCUCCAGUCCCUUUGGAUUUUAUUUCAAACUUUGCUGUAAUAUAAAAAGGAAGUUUACAAGACAUGACAUUGCUGCUUUUACAGAAGGACAUUUCUAUUUAUUUUCGCAGUAAUUCUCAUGUCCCAUAAGCAGAGCUGUCACAGUGUGCACUACCUUAAAUUGUUUUGUUGUUUUUUUUUCCAGUUUGAGCUAAUGUGUUUUAUUUGUGAAUAGUCUUUUACAUUUUUGUAUGCUGAAUAUGGGCACCAAAGAACCUGUAAAAGUUAUCUUUUUCAAUUGAAUAUGCACAAAUAAAAGUUUGGAAAAGGUC